GAAAAGGUUAACAUCGUCAUCGUUUAAACCCUUCAAAUCUUGUUGGCUGCUAUAAGCGCUCUGUGAUUCUUCUUUGUCAAAAAUACUAAAACCCUAAAUUUUGCCUCCAUUCCUGCAAAUUCUAGCCUUUGAAGCUCUUAGCUUUUCAUUCUUCAGCCUCCAGUUUUGUGUUUUGUCAAGAUGGGAAGACCUAAGACUAGGGGAAUGAAGAAGCAGAUGCGUCUCAACGAGGUCGAAGAAAUCAGUCUUCUGAACAAUUGGAUCGAAUCUCAGAAACCGGAUUCAGGAUCCAAUCCACUCUCUUUCGAGCCUCUUCCCAAGGACGCGAAGAUCGGAAAGUUCGAAGACGGCAAAAACGGCACCUUGUUCUCGCGUUACGCCGGCGUCAGGAAGUUCGAUCAGUUGCCCAUAUCGGAUAAGACGAAAAGGGGGCUGAAAGGUGCCAAGUACGUGGAUAUGACCGAGGUUCAGAGAGCUGCUUUGCCUCACGCUCUAUGCGGAAGAGACAUUCUCGGUGCGGCGAGAACUGGGUCGGGCAAAACUCUGGCUUUUGUGAUUCCGAUUCUGGAGAAGCUACACAGGGAAAGAUGGGGUCCUGAAGAUCGAGUGGGAUGUAUAAUUAUAUCUCCAACAAGGGAAUUGGCAGCUCAAACAUUCAGCGUGUUGAACAGAGUAGGGAAGUUUCAUAAGUUCAGUGCCGGACUCUUGAUCGGUGGUCGUGAAGGAGUUGAUGUUGAGAAGGAGAGAGUUAAUGAUAUGAACAUUUUGGUAUGUGCUCCUGGUAGGCUUCUUCAGCACAUGGAUGAGACCCCAAACUUCGAUUGUUCACAGCUCAAGAUUUUGAUUUUAGAUGAGGCCGACCGUGUGCUUGAUUCUGCGUUCAAAGGGCAGUUGGAUCCUAUUAUCUCACAGUUGCCUAAGAAGAGGCAAACUUUGCUGUUCUCUGCGACUCAGACAAAGAAAGUCAAGGAUCUAGCAAGACUUAGUUUGAGAGACCCCGAGUACAUCAGUGUCCAUGAGGAGUCAGUUACAGCUACUCCAACUAGCUUAAUGCAGACUGUGAUGAUUGUUCCAGUUGAAAAGAAGUUAGACAUGUUAUGGAGCUUCAUCAAAACCCAUCUUAAUUCCAGGAUUCUUGUAUUUCUCUCCACCAAGAAACAGGUCAAAUUUGUUCAUGAAGCAUUCAACAAGCUCCGGCCUGGAAUACCUUUGAAGAGUCUUCAUGGAAAAAUGAGUCAGGAGAAAAGGUUGGGAGUGUACUCUCAGUUCAUCGAGAGACAAUCAGUUCUCUUCUGUACCGAUGUUCUUGCUAGAGGUCUUGAUUUUGAUAAGGCUGUGGACUGGGUUGUUCAGGUGGAUUGUCCUGAAGAUGUAGCUUCUUAUAUCCACCGAGUUGGCCGUACAGCUCGUUUCAAUACUUCAGGGAAGUCGCUCCUCUUUCUGACACCUUCGGAGGAAAAAAUGAUUGAGAGAUUGCAAGAAGCUAGAGUGCCUGUAAAACUCAUCAAGCCAAACAACAAAAAGUUACAGGAGGUUUCGAGACUCUUGGCUUCUUUGUUAGUCAAGUUUCCAGAUCUUCAAGAUGUUGCUCAGAGAGCCUUCAUCACAUAUCUGAGGUCCAUCCACAAGAGAAGAGAUAAGGAGAUUUUCGACGUGACGAAGCUGUCGAUCGAGAACUUCUCUGCUUCGCUUGGUCUGCCAUUGACUCCUAGAAUCCGAUUCGCAAACCUUAAAACGAAGAGAAAAGGAGUCUUUGCGAGUUCUAUCGCUCUGGAACCCGAGAAUGAUCAGGACGACGAAGCACCUCCGGUAGUUAAAAAAGAUCUUCUUGGCGAAGAUUUAGAUGAAGAUGAUUUUGCUCUCAGGCCACAUGAAGAGGGCAAGGAAGGAGAAAAAUCAACCAAGGGUGAAGAAGUUCCCAUGCUUGGAACUCGGGUUUCGAAAAAGAAGACGCUGAAGAUCAAUCUGCACAGACCAAGUGGGACCAGGGUUAAGUUUGAUGAGCAAGGCAAUCCAGUGGCUCCCUUAGCAAUAGUAGCUGCCACAACAGGGACUGAAGUGGCCCUUGAUGAAGAGGCGAGGAAUGCUUACUAUAAGAAAGUGGGAGAGCAACUGAGGAAAGUGGAUCAUGUAGACAAGAAAGUAGAGAGCGAGAAGAGGAGGGAAAAGAAUCUGAAAAAGAAGAUGAAGAGGAAGAGAGGAGAUGAUGACGGAGAAGAAGACCAUGAUGAAGGGUCUGGAUCAUCAGAAGAAGAAACAGGAAGAAAACACAAAAGAGCCAAGAAAAUCUUCUUCGAUGAUAAUGGUGAUGGAGAUGAAGAAGAAAAGGAAGGAGGGAAAAUCAACACAGAUUCGAUCUCCGUAGCUGAGCUUGAAGAAAUGGCUCUCAAAUUGAUAACUCAGUCAUGAAAUCUCCAUAUACAGGAAUCGUUUGCCUCUCUAAAGCUCAGUCAUCCUGCAUCGCCGUUUGAUGAUGAUUUUCCCCAAGGAUGCAUUAAAUUUUUUGAACUACUCUAGGUUGAAGUUUCCAGGUAUUGUCUGUGCCUAGUCAAAAACAUACUCGUAAAACAUAUGGAUGCCCAAGAAUACUUAAAAACAAAAAAACAUGCACAAUGCAAUAUUUUUAUAUGGCAAUUUGUCAAACAUUAAAAUUCGUGGAAACUGAUAAACUCUUCUAAGUUAUUAUCAUCAGUUUCGUUCAUCAAAACUGUGUUAUGCAUUUGUAUGAAAAUGUCUCAGGAUAUGCCCUUAGUGUUCA